AAUUGGAUAAAGAAAGUCUAUGAAUAACAAACAAUCCACAUAGUUUCUUCAGUAGCCAUUCAAUAAAACUCCAAUAUAAUAAGGAAGAAUGUAGUGUAGCAUGCCCUAAUGGUAAGUCACCACUCCUCUCUCUCAGCAGUCCACAGGACACGUGAAGAACCUCCUGGCAACCUUCAACUCCACAGCUCAGUUGGCCCCUUCAUGCCCAUCACCAUCCCUCCAGCGCCAAGGCAAGAUGAAUGCCUACACUAAAGCUUUGCUAAACAACAGCCCAAACCCCAGCACGCCUAACCCCCCCUGGGCUGAUAACAAGAGGCCAGUCAAUCGCAAUGUCAGCUCAGGGGUUCUUAACAUGGGUACAAGGUUUGAAACCUUCAGUGAUGCAGGCGGGUGUGGCGAGAACUCUGGUGGGACUAAAACUCAGCUGCCUAAGCCUGUGGUGUCCAAACUAUCUUCCAACUUCAUGCAGCCUUCCCAAUCCACAUUCAACAACACCCCUGGCAUCAGCAAAGACAAAGACAGGCCCACAUUUCCUUCACCCUCACAGCUAAAGCCUGUUGGAGCACCCAAACCACCACUGAACCCCGGAAAAUUGUCAUCGCUCAACCCAACCAGCAGCACGGCAGCUAUUGUCGGUACGGGUGGAGGGGCAGCAGACAGGCCCAUGGUCCCGGCUGGACCAACGGCUCCAUUAUCAGGGUGGAAGCCAAAGCCUUCAGUGCAAAUGAGAACCAUACCAGUCCAAGAGUGUGCGCAAGAGAACAACGCCCAGAAGGAGGUAGCGCAGAGGACGCUGUCUACUGGCAAAAUUACAUCCCCUUUCCUGUGUCAACGACAGCAGGCAACACCCAGUGUAGACAAGGAUGCUGAUUGUGGUGCAGAAGAUGUGGUUAAACCUCCUCCGCUUUCGAAACUGCCGUCCAGCAACUUGGGCCCUAAACUUGCAAACAUACAAGUGGGGUUUAAACAGAAGCCUGACACUACUGGUGGCUUUAUCCCCAAAGACCAAACCACUGAAGGCGCGAUGCCCAAAAUCAAGCCGCUGCCUAAUGUGUUUGCUCUGGGGAAAUGUCCCAGGAAGCCCCAGAGGCCGCCGCACGUUGACCUGAGUCAAUUUACAUCGUCGUCAUCUAACACUGAUGAUCUUCUUCCACCUCCACCGUCUGACGUGUAUGUGGUCCCCUGUGAAUCAGAAUUAAACAUUGCCAUCGAAGAGCAAAGUUACGAUGAUGUGGGCCCCAUGCAAUCUCCACAGACACAUCCAGGAGGCAUCUUUCAACACUCUGAGGAAACAGGUGUGGAUGAGGAGUUGUAUGAAGAUCUGGAGGAGAGAUGGGCAGACAAUGACCAGACAGAGACGAAGAAACCGCCCAGAGACGACCAGCGGAAAUGCGACAAAGAGGAGAAGAAACGGCUCGAGCAGGAGAAAAAGGAACAGAAACUUCGCGAGAAGAAGGAGCGAGAGGCCCGAAAGAAAUUUAAACUUUCGGGAGCUGUGCAGGUGUUGCAGGAGGCUAAAGCUCGGGUGGACUGCAAAGGCGGCAGGAACGAGCUACAGCUGACUCAGGGAGAGACCAUCCAGAUCAUCCGCAUGACGGACAACCCUGAAGGACUCUGGCUGGCCCGGAACAGUGAAGGCCUUUAUGGAUAUGUGAAGACUGCAUCUCUGACCAUAGACCACAAUGCACUGAAGGCAAACUGUGGUCAGCUGAUGCAGGAUGCAGCAGGCGAUGUGUAUGACGACGUGGGAGCAACAGAUGGCACUAGCAUGAUGAACAGUUUUCCCCCUCCACCUCCUGAUUUUAUUGGAAUCGACGAUGAAGUGUACGAUGAUGUCAGCUCUCAGCCCUUCCCUCCACCCCCACCACCACUGUCUGGUCUGCCAGGAGGAAGAGCAGAGGAGGUAGAUGGAAAGAAAAAGAAAAAGUUUGAAAAAGAUGAGAAAGAAUUCAGGAAAAAGUUCAAGUAUGAUGGAGACAUCACUGUACUGCAUAAAGUAGUGGUGGAUCCAGCCCUCAGCUGUAAGAAGUGGGGAGGAAAAGAUCUAGUCCUGAAACCAGGAGAAUCCAUUGAUGUCAUUGUUAAAGCACAAGAUGGCAAACUCAUUGGGAGGAACAAGGAUGGCAAAUUUGGUUAUGUUUCUGUGGAGCACAUCCAAACUGAUGCAGACAUAUAUGAUGAUGUUGGAGAGGAUUGCAUUUAUGACAACUGAAGAAUUGAUGACAACUUGGUGUCUUCUGUGUAGUUUUUUAUAUAUAAGAGUCAAAAGUUUGAAUUGGUUUGCAAGCUAUUUAUGUGUAUAGACUUUAUAUCGACUUUAGAUCUAUCAACUAUCAACUGAUCAUGUGUGGUUUAAAUUUGUGAAAUAAAAUGCAUUAAGAACAUUGAGAGUAAAUUCUAUUUACUGUCAAUGAUUAAGAAGUGUGGUUGGAUGCAGCCUUUUUAUUACGACUUUAGAUCUAUCAACUAUCAACUGAUCAUGUGUGUUUUAAAUUUGUGAAAUAAAAUGCAUUAAGAAGUAUGGUUGGAUGCAGCCUUUUUAUUACUGUUGUUUAAUUUAUUUGAUCAUUUUGAUCA